AGUUAUCCGCGCUAGUCAUAAUUAAACGAAUCGACUGCAUGAAUGAUUAGAUAUAAAUCCUUUUGCUGAGUACAGUUGAACACUCCAUCUGCCCUUUUACUUUAAACAAACAACACAGCGGAGAGGUGUGGCUAAUGCUGGAGCCAAAAUGGCUACGACAGGACGGUAGUUUCUCAGUUUGCACUGAUUAUCCUGAACUAAACGUUAGCUGAGUAGCUAGCUUAACAGGGAACCAGCUCAGAGACGGAAACCCGGUGACAGGGGAACAUGGCCGAACUUGAGCAACACGAAGGAGAGCAGGACAUUAAGAAGAAAAUUGAGGAGACGAGACAGAAAUUUAAGAAUGAGUUCCUGCAAGAAUCGACGGAUAAAUAUGACUCCAGAGAUGUGGAAAGGCUUGACAAAGAUGAUGCCCUAGUGGAGGGCUACCUUCAAUGGAGACUUUGUGUUGUCGAAGAUGCCUUGAAAUUAAUUGACGAAAGUCUUCAGUGGAGAAAGGAAUUUGGUGUAAAUGAUCUCACUGAGAGCGCCAUCCCCAGAUGGAUGUUCGAGACUGGCGCUGUCUAUCUCCACGGCUAUGACAAAGAGGGCAACAAACUCUUCUGGUUCAAGGUAAAGCUUCACGUCAAGGAUACUAAAACUAUCGUGGACAAGAAGAAGUACGUGGCCUUCUGGCUGGAGCGGUAUGCGAAGAAGGAACCUGGGAUGCCGCUCACUGUUAUCUUUGAUAUGGCAGAGUCUGGCCUCAGCAAUAUAGACAUGGAGUUUGUAAAGUACAUCAUCAAUUGCUUCAAAGUAUAUUAUCCAACGUUUUUAUCCAAAAUGAUCAUCGUGGAUAUGCCUUGGAUCAUGAAUGCUGCGUGGAAAAUUGUGAAGUCAUGGUUGGGUCCCGAGGCAGUCAGCAAGCUCAAGUUUGCUUCGAGAUCUGAGGUCCAUGGAUUCAUAGACCCCGAGUACCUGCCAGCCCAUAUGGGGGGAACGGACCCCUUCAAGUACAGCUACCCUCCUCUCCCUGAUGACGACUUCCAAACACCCAUCUGUGAAAACGGGCCGAUUGUCAGUGAGGACGAGCUGGAGAGCAAAGAGGGGGACAUGGAGAGCAAAGACGCCCUGGAGUCCAGCUUCAGCUCUGAGGUAGCAGUAAAGCCCAAAAAGGUGAAUUUCCUGGAAGACAGUUUGAGAGCAGAGGACAAUGAUAAAGGAGACACUAGCUCCAGGACCAAAGGGACCAGAAAGCCACUGACGACCUUCAAAGGCGCUCUGCUAGAUGUUAGCCCCGCAGAGGAGCUCAGCUUUGGUUCUGCAGAGACGGAGAAAAGAUGCCUCAUUAUCCUGAGCAAUGUGACCAAAAAUAAAGUGGCCUUCAAGGUACGGACCACAGCACCUGAGAAGUACAGAGUGAAGCCCAGCAGCAGCUUCUGUGAACCAGGAGCGUCAGUAGAUAUAGUCGUGUCUUUACAUGGAGGUUCUCAAGCAUCGCCACAGGACAGAUUCUUGGUCAUGGCUGCCGAGAUGGACAAUUCUUUAUCACAAGAACUCGCACAGUUCUGGAAAGAAGUGCAGAAAGCCAAGAUCAUGGAACACAGAUUGCGCUGUCACGUUGUGGAGAGCCUGAAACAAACAGUGAGUCCUCUCAGAGACAGCCCUGUGGAGACGGGCUCCGGCGAGCAGCAGGAAUUUCACACUGCGGCACUGGAUGAUAACAUACAUUUCACAUCACUCAUGCGAGUGAUAACCUGCAACGCCCGGCUGGAGCAGAAGCUGAACUCGUGUCUGUGGGUGCAGAAGGUUCUGAUCGGGCUGGUGCUGAUCCUGGUCCUGCUGAACCUGCUGUGUCUGCGCCUGCUGACCAGCUCCCAGCAGCCAUCCUGACCUGCCCCCGCCCGCUCCACCGCAGACACUCACACUUCCUGAACAGACUGUAUUGGUCUCUUUUCAGGCACUUGAGAGGGACUCUUUUAACAAUGUGACAUCAAAGCAUUAAUGUAUUUUUUAAGAUGCAUCAAAAUAUAAAUGUGUAUUUAUUACUAAAAACAAAACAUGGAGGAACAAUUACUAAUUCUGUGAUCAUAAUGUACAAAUUUUUACAUAUUAUAUAAAUCUAGAGAAUACAAAAUAAACACUUUUUGUCAA